UGCAGAUCAAAAGAAUCUAUAAGAUGUUACAGCGUUUUUCCUAAGCAUUAUACUAAACCCAUAUUUCGAAAAGAAGAACAAGACGAACUUGUAACAAAUGAAAAAUUUCAAGCUGCCACAUAUUUGUCUUUCAAACCAGCAUGUAUAGAUGAAACCUCUUCUGAAUUUUAUGAUCCAUUAGUCUCAAAAUUUAUAAAUUAUUUAAUAAAACAAGGGAAAAAAUCAAGUGCUAGAUAUUUACUAGAAAGAGCCUUUCUAAGUAUAAAAAUGAUACAGUUACAAGCUUAUAAUUCUUGUGAUUCCAAUGAUAAAGAAAAAAUUGAAUUAGAUCCAAAAGUAAUUUUAAGAAAUGCCGUAGAAAAUGCAAAACCUGUGAUGGAAUUGACUCAAAUAAAACGAGCUGGACAAGUAUAUAAGGUUCCAAUACCAAUUGAUAGUAGAAGAUCAAGGCUUUUAGCUAUUAGAUGGUUAAUACAAGCUGCAAAAGAGAAAACGAGAACAGAUUUUUUGUAUGAUCGACUUGCUCAUGAAUUAAUUCAAGCACAUAAUAAUCAGGGACGUACAAUCAAGAAAAAGCAAGAAUUAUAUAAGCAAUGUCAAGCAAAUAAAUCUUAUGCCCAUUUCCGCUGGUAAUAUACAAAAAUAUGAAUUUGUAAAAUAUAGAUUUUA